AUGAAUAUUACCAACACCUCGUCAACCUCCAAUCCAGUUUUCAUUCCACCAGAGGUGAAGACAGCUCUUUACUCGAGUAUUUUUGUCCUUGGGUUGUUUGGGAACUCUUUCGUUAUUACAGUUUUGGCCAGAAAAAGGUCUUCUCGCACCUGCCAUGACAUCUUCAUCUGCAAUCUUGCAAUAUCUGAUCUAAUUCUUCUCCUGACAUAUUUUCCUAUGUUUUUUGCCCAUGCUGUAGGAAACUUUAAAGCACCGAGAGUAUUUUGCAAGCUGAUAUGGCCAUUGAUCACAAUUUCGUAUCUCUCCAGCAUCUUAAUCAUCACAUCUAUGGCUAUUCAUCGCUCCAGGAUGAUUGUUAAUCCUUACACUUCCGAAAUAAGUCGAAGAAAUGUCUACAUCUGGAUUUUCUGUUUGUGGAUCAUGUCGUUUGUUUGUAUUCUGCCUGGAAUGGUUUUUGCUGAGGUCAAUCGAAUGGGAAUGUGCCACGUAGCUUGGCCUUCAGUGGAAGCUCACGUAGUAUUUCGAUUUUUCAUGUUAAUGGUUCAGUAUCUCUUGCCAUUGACAAUAACAGCAGUCGCCUACAUACGCAUUGGGCUGGCCAUAAAUAGAUCUAAAUUUCACCGUAAGUUUUCAAAGCAGCCCAAAGCCCUGAGCCAGACGCGACGGCGAGAAAACGCACAGGUUGUGCGGACCAUAGCAACAAUUGUGAUAAUAUUCGCUAUUUGUAUGUUUCCGAAACAUCUGGCCUCUAUCUACUAUUACUUCGGAGAAAAUGGCAAGGAAAAGGGAAAAAUCCUCUUCAGGCUUCUCCAUAUUUCCGAGAUUUUCGCUGUUUUUCACAGUUGUUUAAAUCCGCUUGUUUACGGCACAGUCAUGAAGCAUUUUCGCGCUGAGUACUUUAAAUACCUUCAAGGUAUCUUCUGUUAUUGCUGGAAAACACGUGCAGAAAGAAUGUCCAAUCCAGGAGAUCAAAUGACUUCCUUAAAUGACCCGCGGUCCUCCAGUAAAAUGACUGCUUCGUCAGAAUAG